AUGGAAGGAGGGUUUAGCAGAGCACUUCUUUUGCGCAAAGAAGAUGGCAGCGAGAUCGUUGCGAAAAUACCCUUCCCUAUUGCAGGGCCACCAAAAUACACCACGGCGUCGGAGGUGGCUGUUCUCAAAUACCUAAACAAGUAUACUCAAGUCCUGGUACCCAAAGUUUCGGCCUGGGACGCCGAUCCGUCCAAUCCUGUCGGCGCCGAGUACAUCAUCAUGGAAAAGGCUCUCGGCGUUCAGCUAUACAACGUAUGGGAUGAUCUGAAUGACUUGGACCGGUUGCGCCUCCUACGACAAUUAGCCAUAUUCGAGAGCGAAAUGACUAAGAUCCGCCUUCCGGCGAGCGGAAGUCUUUACCUUUCUAAAUCUAUGGCAGAAAACGAUGCACAUGUCUCCUUGGACCAGGAGAUGGAUCCUUCUGGAGAGUUCUGUAUAGGUCCAUCGUGCGAGCGAGGAUGGCAUGUUCCCGACGAAAGUGCAAGUCUAUCCCCCCAUUUCAAUCGGGGACCAUGGCCAGAUUUAUCAUCUUUCGGAACCGCUCUAGUCGACCGAGAGCUUGCGAUCCUGCGAAAUCGUUCUUUCAACGCAACAUCUGGCUCACCACGAGGAACUCUCGAUGAGCAGAUCGAUGCUCUUAACAUGACUAGAGAGGUCAUGUCUCGACUGCACGAGCGCACACUCGUUAGCAAGGUCUCCAAUCCAGUGCUAUGGCACACCGACCUCCACAUGGGCAACAUCUACGUCUCAGGGCAAAAUCCACCCCAAAUUUCAUCGAUCAUUGAUUGGCAAUCGAUUGUAGUCUCGCCAUUGUUCCUACAGGCACGCUUUCCAGAAUUCCUGACAGUUGACGAAGACUACCAAUUGGGCACUAUGGAGCUCCCACCGCCACCGCCUGAUCUAGAUAAGAUGGACGCUGGCGACAAGAGAUUAUCAGAGUUCAAGUACGAGCAAGCAAAAGCAACAAAGCCGUAUGAAUUAAACUGCGCAGCUCAGAACACAAUGGCUUGGAAGGCGUUGAAGUUACCGGCAUUCCUCCGGGAGCUCUUCACACGAUGUGCAGAAGUCUCGGAAGAGGGCGAGAUACCACUUCGCGCAUGUCUCAUUGAGGUUGCCGCAGUAUGGAACAGGAUUGGCUUCAAAGACGAAUGCCCACUCAACUUUAGCGAGGAGGAUUUGCAGAAGCACGAGCAACAAUUCGAAGAAUACAGCAACUACCACAAUGUACACGAAUUGGCGAGAGAGAUCAUUAGCACGGAUUUCGAAGGCUGGAUCAAUCCGCGACUGGACUUCUCUGCGAAACAACAACAAAACCAAGGACUACUAAAAGAGUUCGUGCGCAGGAGCAGUGAAUUUGGCAUGACGCCGGAGAAGAUGAGGAGCAUAUGGCCGUACUUAGAUCGGUCGUGA